GCCCCAUGAUGUCUCCUACUGUUGAAAUUCAUAAAGCAGUUGGGUUUCUUCCAGACCUAUCUUGGAAAGCAACCAGAUUUCAAAGUAGAGAGCUGCUUGGCAAAUGCUAUGCUUGCUCUUCAAAUGGCUGCAAACUCAUCACCACCACCCAUUCUCUCGAUCAUAGACAUGUCCAACACCCUCUCAGAAGUGCAGCAAGCCCACGCCCACAUGCUCAAGACUGGCCUCAUCCAUACUACAUUCGCCGCGAGUCGCAUUGUGGCCUUUGCUGCCACUGUCUCAGAUGCUCAAACUAUCGCCCAUGCCCGCUCGGUAUUCGACCGAAUCGCCACCCCAAACUCCUACACUUGGAAUACCAUAAUUCGAGCCUACGCGAAUAGCGCUGACCCCGAAAACGCCAUCCUGCUCUUUCACCAAAUGCUGCAUAGCGACGUUCUCCCCGACAAAUUCACCUACCCUUUCAUACUCAAGGCCUGCUCGCGGCUCCAUGGCUUUGAAGAAGGCCGGCAAAUCCAUGCUACCUCCGUCAAAACCGGAGUCGAUUCUGACAUUUUCGUACAAAAUACCUUGAUUCAUAUGUAUGCUAGUCUUGGGCACACCAGGCAUGCUUAUUGUCUCUUUGAUCGAAUGUCCGAAAGGGAUGUGAUCUCGUGGAAUGCAAUUCUCAGUGCUUUUGUAGCUCGGGGGUUGAUGGAGCAGGCACGUCGUUUGUUUGACCAAAUGCCUGAUAGAAACGUGGAGUCUUGGAAUUUCGUAAUAUCUGGGUACGUUGAUCUUGGCUUGAUUGAUGAUGCCCAGAGUCUUUUUGAUGGGAUGCCGACCAGAGAUGUUGUUUCUUGGAAUGCCAUGAUCACAGGAUAUGUACAUGCAGGGCGCUUUAGGGAAGCUUUGGAGCUCUUCGGCAUUAUGCAGAAUGCAGAGGUGAGGCCAGAUAAUUGCACGUUUGUAAACUUGUUGUCGGCUUGUGCACGGAUUGGGGCUUUGAGUCAAGGAGAGUGGAUUCAUACAUACAUCAAUAAGAAUGAGAUUCAGAUCGACGGGUUUCUAGCAACUGCUCUUGUGGAUAUGUAUUCUAAGUGUGGGAGCAUAGAGAAGGCUCUGCGAGUGUUUAGGGACACGUCGAAGAAGGAUAUUAGUACAUGGAAUUCGAUGAUUGCAGGUUUAAGCACUCAUGGCUAUGGUGAAUGCGCAUUAAGGCUCUUCUCGGAGAUGUUGAUGGAUGAAUUUGCACCCAAUGAGAUCACUUUCAUAAGUAUUCUCUCUGCUUGCAGCCAUGCAGGUCUAUUGCAUGAGGGGCGUCGGGUUUUUGAACUCAUGACCGAGGUUCAUGGAAUUCAACCCACGGUGGAGCACUAUGGCUGCAUGGUUGAUUUACUUGGUCGAGCCGGGCUCUUAAAUGAGGCUCAGGGGCUUGUGAGUGCAUUUCCAUGUAAGGAUUCGCCAGUGGUUUGGGAGUCUCUUUUGGCUGCUUGCAGAAGCCAUGGAAACAUUGAAUUGGCAGAGCAUGUUGCAGGGCAGCUUCUAGAGUUAAAUCCUCAAGACAAUGCUUGUUAUGUUCAACUGUCAAAUAUCUAUGAAUCCGCGGGCAGAUGGGAUGAUGUUAGGGAGGUGAGGGAGAAGAUGAGGAAAGAGGGAGUGAGAAAGGAACCGGGUUGUAGCAUGAUCGAUGUGGACGGAAUUGUUCAUGAGUUCUCAGCGGGCGAUCGAUCUCAUCCUCAAGCAGAUGAGAUCUAUAGGAAGGUGGAUGAAAUGAAAACCAGGAUCAGGUCCAUUGGAUAUGUCCCUGAUACUAGUCAAGUGCUGUUUGAGAUAGGGGAGGAUGAAAAGGAGAGUGCAUUGCUUUGGCACAGUGAGAAGUUGGCCAUUGCUUUUGGGCUCUUAAACUCUGGUGAGGACAUGACCAUUAGGAUAAUUAAGAAUCUGAAGAUGUGUGGAGAUUGUCACUCGGCAAUAAAACUUAUUUCUAGAGCUUACGGAAGAGAGAUUGUUGUGAGGGAUAAAAACCGAUUCCACCAUUUCAAGAAUGGAUGCUGUUCAUGUAAUGACUAUUGGUAACUUGUAAUUAUUGAGUUGUACAAUACCCAUUGGUGGGUUAUCCAUCAAUUUUUGAAAAGAGGCAA